GUCCCCCGUGUCUCAGAACUGUUAUGAAAAGAAAAGUCAUGCUCGUUGAAUUAACCCAAUUUUAGGGCUUCGACAGGGAGAGUCGUCCAGAAACAAUAAACAGCGUCAGGCAGCACUGCAUGUAGGAGGAUGUCAUUCUCUUCGCCUCAUGAACGUAAACUGAAAGAAGACGUGGACGAAGAUGACCCCGUUGAACAGAUGAUAUCCCGCACCGGCUGUGCCGAGCUGCAUUACUCCGUGCAAGAGUGCAUGGCCGAACACCAGGACUGGAGAGCCUGCCAGAAGCAGGUCCGGGACUUUAAAGACUGCAUGAUGAAGUUCCAGAGUGCUCAGAGAGAACAGCGAGGGAAGCAAACAUAAAGCUCCUGCUCAUCUGCAGCCACUUGAACACACACACACACACA